AUGCUUUAUUCUCAUUAUGACUUCGUUAUCGUUGGUGGCGGUACAGCUGGUAAUACCGUGGCUGGACGUCUUGCUGAAAAUCCUAACGUCACUGUUUUGAUUGUUGAAGCCGGUGUUGGUAAUUCUCAUGAAAUCCCAGAAAUUACCACUCCUUCCAAUGCUAUGGAAUUGCGGAACAGUAAGUACGAUUGGGCUUAUAAGACUACAAUGGUCAAGCGCGAUGAUUAUGAACGUAUUGAGAAACCAAAUACUCGUGGUAAGGCGCUUGGUGGUAGUUCUUCCCUUAAUUACUUCACUUGGAUUCCUGGAUGCAAGCCUACUUUUGACAUGUGGGAGAAAUAUGGGGGUAAGGAAUGGACUUGGGAUCCCCUUGUUCCUUACCUUAGGAAGAGCGCCACCUAUCAUGAUGAUCCAAAGCUUUACACCCCAGAACUCAAAAAGAUUGGUGCUGGUGGUCCAAUUCCUAUUUGUCAUGCUGAACUCCUUCCUGAGUUGGCUCCUUUUCGUGAAAAGCUUACCGAGGCUUGGAAAUCUACAGGGCAGCCUAUUUCUGAGAAUAUUUACGAUGGAGAGAUGAACGGACUUACGCACUGUGUUGACACAAUCUACAAAGGUCAAAGAUCUGGUAGUUUUCUUUUUGUCAAGGAUAGACCCAACAUCACUAUUUUACCUGAAGUUCAUUCCAAAAAAUUAAUCAUUGAUGCCGCUGAUUAUUCUGCAAAAGGUGUUACUGUCAUUGACUCUUCUGGUAAAGAGCACAGUUAUUAUGCUACCCGUGAAGUUAUUGUCUCUCAAGGUGUUUUCGAGAGCCCUAAGUUAUUAAUGCUUUCUGGUAUUGGUCCAAAGGAAGAGCUUAAGAGACAUGGAAUAGAUGUUAUCGUAAAUUCUGCUCAUGUCGGCCAAAAUUUACUUGAUCACCCUGGUGUUCCUUUCGUCUUACGUGUUAAGGAUGGUUUCGGUAUGGAUGACGUUCUCUUGCGUCAAGGUUCUAAGAACAAAGAUGCGCUUGCCUCGUACAAGAAGGAUCAUUCUGGUCCUGUUGGUUCUGGUCUUCUUGAGAUGGUUGGUUUCCCUCGUAUUGACAAGUACUUGGAAAACAGUCCUGAAUAUCGCAGAGCCAAAGAUGCUAAUGGUGGAAAAGAUCCAUUCUGCCCAGAUGGACAGCCACACUUCGAGCUUGACUUUGUUGCAAUGUUUGGUAGUGCAUUCCAAUGGCACUAUCCUACUCCUAAAGAAGGCUGUUAUACCAGUGUUGUUGUUGACUUGGUUCGUCCUGUCUCGGACAGCGGUGAAGUUACCCUCAACAGCAGUGACCCACUUGUCCAACCUAAUAUUAAUUUGAAUUUUUUUGCUGAUGAACUCGAUAUUAUUGCUAUGCGUGAAGGCAUUAGGUUUAGUUAUGAUGUCCUUACUAAAGGUGAUGGGUUCAAAGAUAUUGUUGUGGCAGAGUAUCCAUGGGACAUGCCUCUUGACAACGACGAAGAAAUGCGAAGAGCUGUUUUGGACCGUUCUCAAACAGCAUUCCACCCAUGUGGUACCAACCGUCUCUCAAAAGACAUCGGGCAAGGGGUUGUAGAUUCUGAGCUUAAAGUACACGGUAUUAAAAACCUUCGUGUUAUUGAUGCUUCAAUUAUUCCUGUAAUCCCGGACUGUCGUAUCCAAAACUCAGUCUACAUGAUUGGUGAGAAGGGUGCAGAUAUGAUCAAGGCUGAACAUAAAGAUCUUUUUAAAUAG